CUGUGUGGGCCCGUGAACCUUGAUACUGACACAUCUUAUCUAUCAUUUAAUUUUAGUGUUGAGUGAGCUACUGAGCUUGAUGAGCGUAUCUUGUGUUUUGAAUUAGGUUAUUAAAAGUUAUGUGUUUAGUUAUAUCGAAUUAAUAAUUUAGAGGAAAGAUGAAAGCACUCACAACAACUUUGCUCCUGUGUCUCCUGUACACGGCAAAUGAAGCGGCCAAGAUCCUGUACGUGAUGCCGUUCACGGCUGCCUCACAUUAUAUAUCUCAGAAGGACCUGGCCAUGGAACUGGCAAAGAGAGGACACGACGUGUACGCCAUCACUUCACACAAGGAGGUGGAUCCUCCGACAACGUACCACCAGAUUAUGGUGGAGCGUAAAUCUGUGUGGGACGCCUUUUUUACCGAGGAGGAGAAGCCAAACAUAUUCUCAAUGCUCGACUUAUCGUUUGCCCAAUUCCAAAACCUUAUGUAUGUAAUUGGCAAAUUCAACAAUGACUUGGUGUUCAAUUCGACUGAAGUUCAAACAUUUUUGAAGGAAGACCACAAGUUUGACCUCGUCAUAAACGAGCUAUUCUUUCAAGAAUCGCUUUACAUGUUUGCGCACAAAUACCAAGCGCCGCUGGUGUUGGUGACCACAUUUGGCAACUCGGUCAAAGGUAAUUUCUACGGAAGAAACCCGCUUCAGUUGGCAACUGUUUAUCACGAAUACGGGGUGAGCCCUGACCCCUUGAGUUUUAUCGGCCGAUUGUCCAACUUUUACUAUGCUUUGUACGAUUUGUUUGUGACAAAGUUUUUCUACAUGCCCGAAUUAGAGGCACUUGCGCAACAUCACUUCAAAGAUCUGUCUCAGCCUUUGCCGAGUUUGGAACAGUUGGCCGCCAAUGCGUCACUGGUACUCAUGAAUUCCCACUUCAGUAUUGACACUCCCACUGCCUACCUGCCCAACUACAUUGAAGUAGGAGGCCUGAACCACCCAAAGGAACCAAAACCACUGCCCAAGGAUCUACAAAAAAUAUUAGAUAGUGCAAAGAAUGGUGUCGUUUAUCUAAGCUUUGGUUCCAAUGUUCAAUCGAAGGAUCUGAGUAAAGACAGAUUGGAGGGUUUCCUGAAGGUUUUCGGGGAACUGAAGGAGACGGUGCUGAUGAAAUGGGAAGAUGACUCGGUGCCAAACAUUCCUAAGAAUGUAGUAUUGAGAAAAUGGUUCCCGCAAAAGGAUGUUCUCGCUCAUCCAAACAUCAAAUUGUUUAUCGGCCACGGAGGCCUAUUGGGUCUACAAGAGACCAUCGUAGCAGGAGUCCCAAUUUUGGGUGUCCCGGUAUUUGGAGAUCAAUAUUUGAAUAUUCUAGCUACAGUGCAAAAUGGCCAUGGUGAACUAUUAGAAUAUAAAAACAUCAAUGAAGAAAAUCUCAGAACUGUCAUCAACAAAAUGCUAACAAACAAAAGAUAUAAAGAAAAAGCUCUAGAAGUUUCUAUAAGAUUUAAAGAUAGACCUAUGAAUGGUAUUGACACAGCAGUUUGGUGGAUAGAGUAUGUUAUAAGGUAUAAAGGUGCAGAUUUUAUAAAGACUCCAGCUUUGAAAUUAGGUUUCAUUCAGUACCACAUGCUUGAUGUUUAUUUGUUUUCAGUCGUUCUCUUACUUGUCCCUUUUAUUGUAUUGAGUAAAAUAUUAAGUCUAUUUAAAAGCAAAAAGACACAGCUCGUUGAAAAGAAAAAACAAAAGAAGAAAUAACCAGUGAACAUUUAACAAGUAUAUAUACAUAAAUAUAGUUGUUGGUGCAAUUAAACUAUGUAUGUAUUACAUAUUAAAUACUAAAAUAUAAUA